AUGGCCCGCAGCAACUUGUCGGCCGGGUCAACGAUCCCUGUAUCUCCAUUCGCUGGAGCCUGGUCCCGUGUUUUCCUGCGUUCUUACCCACUGGUGGAUGCUAUCGGUCUGGCUUGCAUUAUCGCAUGCUGGAUUCUUAUCCAAAUAUUUGUCACUCCGUUCCACCGCAUGUUUGCUCUUGACAACCAGGCUAUCCAGUAUCCUUUCGCUACAGUCGAACGAGUUCCCGUGCUAUGGUCUAUCUUCUAUGCUGGAGUUAUCCCGCUCUUAAUUCUCCUCAUCUGGGCGGCCACCUUUCGUCCGAGUCCGCAUAAAGUACAAGUGACAAUCCUCGGUUUCCUCACGGCGUUAAUGCUCACUUCGCUUCUUACCGACAUUAUCAAAAAUGCAGUUGGGAGACCGCGUCCUGAUCUGAUAUCACGCUGCAUGCCUAGAAAAGGCACACCAGAGAGCACACUGGUAUACUGGACCAUUUGUACUCAAACCAACGAACAUAUUCUACAAGAGGGUUGGAGGAGUUUCCCAAGCGGCCACAGCAGUUUUUCAUUUGCUGGGCUAGGAUACCUAUCGCUGUUCUUUUCCGGUCAGAUGCACGUUUUCAGGCCUAGGACGGACCUUUGCCGCUGCCUUUUGGUUCUGAUACCGAUUGUUUGUGCCCUCAUGGUUGCAAUCUCCCGCCUGGAAGAUUAUCGUCACGACGUGUAUGAUGUUACAUCGGGUACUAUUCUAGGCUCGGUUGUCGCCCACUUCUGCUACCGCCGCUAUUUCCCCGCUCUGCGCUCCUUCAGAUGCGACACUCCAUACAGCAAGGACGAGUUUGUUCCAGAAGGCUUCUCGAAGGUCCCAGAUGACGAGGAACAACAGUUAUCAAGCCGCAGGGGCCAGUCUUGGACGGGCGAAGAGUCUUAUCAGCUUGAUGAAUCGGUGACCCAUCAAGAUCGGUGA